GCAUGACCCUGAGGACCCCAGGAAAAGGGAUUAAAAGUGGCCUCUCCCAGUGGGAAGAUUGUUAACGACAAGUGAUCCAGUUAUUGCAGGCUCUCCUCACUGACAGAUUUUUGGGUCAUUAUUUUCCUAGAAGAUGCCACAGUGGGGUGGUGGAGCCAAGUGCGCUGCCUGUGACAAGACAGUCUACCAUGCUGAAGAGAUUCAAUGCAACGGCAGAAGUUUCCACAAAAUCUGCUUUAUCUGCAUGAACUGUAGAAAAGCCCUGGACAGCACGAUAGUGGCUGCACACGAAGCUGAGAUCUACUGCAAGACUUGCUACGGCAAGAAAUACGGACCAAAAGGCUAUGGCUAUGGCCAAGGUGCUGGUACCCUUAGCUCUGAGACCCUGGAGAGUCCUGGCGCCCAUCUUGAGCAGGCUAAGCCUCAUCCUUCUGCGAACCCCAGCUCCUCCAAAUUUGCGCACAAAUUUGGUGGCGCUGAAAAGUGCCCACGAUGCAGUCAAUCUGUGUAUGCAGCCGAGAAAGUGAUUGGUGGAGGAAAGGCAUGGCACAAAACCUGCUUCCGCUGUGCACUGUGUGGUAAGAGUUUGGAGUCCACCACAGUCACCGACAAAGAUGGAGAAAUUUACUGCAAAGCUUGUUAUGCGAGGAACUUUGGUCCUAAAGGACUGGGACAUGGACAGUUUGGUGGAGCGUUACCCAGCACAGAUUGAAUAAAUACCUUCUGUGAAACAUUUGAAAUGCUGACAACCCACAGUAGAGGGAACGCUAUAAGUGGUCAAUAGAGGACAAGGUCCAACAUAUUUACAGAUCCACUGCAAAACAAUGAUAAAUUGCUUUAUAUCAACACUGAAUGGAUUUAAGAACAAUAAAAUAUAUUGUUGCAUUGUUGUUGUUAUAAACUUAUGAAAGUAUCUAUUAAUCAAGCUUUGUAACUAUAAAUAAAGUAUCAUUGGAACCUAAA